UCCGCACCCCCGCCACCGCGCAUGGCCGCCUUCAUCCACCGCCACAUCCUCCCUCCCUUCCGCCGCCCGCCGCUCCCUUUCUUCCACCCGGGCGCCGCCAGGGGGCCCUCCUCCGCGCUGCCCGCAGGCCGCCGCCCGUGGACGCCCCGCCGCAUCCUCGACCCGGGCGACGACGUCGUCCUCCGCUGGUACCGCCUCUUCCUCGUCACCUGCCUCGUCGGCCUCUUCGUGGACCCCAUGUACUUCUACCUCCUCCACACCGACGGUCUCCAAUCCUGCGUCUCCAUGGACAUGGGCAUCGGCGUCCUCGUCACCGCCGUCCGCACCGUCGCCGACCUCUUCUACCUCGCACACAUGAUCCUCAAGUUCCGCAUCGCGUUCGUCGCGCCCAGCUCCCGCAUCUUCGGGCGCGGCGAGCUCGUCCGGGACCCCGACCAGAUCGCCAUCCGAUACCUCAAGAACGACUUCAUCAUCGACCUUGCCGCUAUGCUCCCGAUCCCGCAGGUGAUUAUCUGGUUUGUUAUACCAGCUGUGAGUACCUCCUCAGCCAAUCACACCAACAACACGCUCUCGAUGAUCGUAUUGAUCCAGUACAUACCGCGAGUGUUUCUUAUAAUAUCCUUGAACUCUAAGAUUGUGAAGACGAGUGGAGUAGUCACAAGGACUGCUUGGGCAGGGGCCGCGUACAACUUGCUUCUUUACACAUUGGCUAGUCAUGUUCUUGGCGCUCUGUGGUAUCUGCUGUCCAUUGAGCGGCAGUACACCUGCUGGAUGGAAGUGUGCACAAAAGAGAAUGGCACUGCAGGAGACAUCCCUAGAUGUUUUAUGAGCUAUUUGGACUGCAAAAGCAAGGAAAAUCCCAUACGUCAGACUUGGCAUAACCAUAGUGAGAUCAGGAAACAGUGCCUACUUCCUGAUGCCAUAUAUGAAUAUGGAUUAUUUGCUGAUGCACUGAAUCUGGAUAGUUCUGGGGUGGCCUUCAUCGACAAGUACCUCUACUGCCUCUGGUGGGGUUUCCGGAACCUGAGUUCCUAUGGACAGAACUUGCAGAACAGCACCUACAAGGGGGAGACCAUAUUCUGCAUUCUGAUAUGCAUCAUGGGCCUUGUCUUCUUUUCACAUCUCAUUGGAAACAUGCAGACGUACUUGCAGUCGAUGACAGUGAGGCUGGAGGAGUGGCGGGUGAAGCGCCGGGACAUCGAGGAGUGGAUGCGGCACCGUCAGCUGCCCCCGGAGCUCCAGGAGCGCGUGCGGAGGUUCUUCCAGUACAAGUGGCUCGCCACGCGGGGCGUCGACGAGGAGUCCAUCCUCCAGUCGCUGCCGCUGGACCUCCGGCGCGAGAUCCAGCGGCAUCUCUGCCUCGCCCUCGUCCGGCGCGUGCCCUUCUUCUCGCAGAUGGACGAGCAGCUGCUGGACGCCAUCUGCGAGCGCCUGGUGUCGUCGCUGAGCACCAAGGACGCGUACAUCGUGCGGGAGGGCGACCCCGUGAGCGAGAUGCUCUUCAUUAUCCGCGGCGAGCUGGAGAGCUCGACGACGGACGGCGGGCGGACCAACUUCUUCAGCUCCAUCACGCUGCGCCCGGGGGACUUCUGCGGGGAGGAGCUCCUGACGUGGGCGCUGAUGCCCAACCCGAGCCUCAACUUCCCGCAGUCCACGCGCACCGUGCGGUCGCUGACGGAGGUGGAGGCGUUCGCGCUCCGCGCCGAGGACCUCAAGUACGUGGCCAACCAGUUCAAGCGGCUGCACAGCAAGCGGCUGCAGCACGCGUUCCGGUACUACUCGCACCAGUGGCGCAGCUGGGGCGCGUGCUUCGUGCAGGGCGCGUGGCGGCGGUACAAGAAGCGGAAGCUCGCCAAGGAGCUCAUGAAGCAGGAGGGCAUCUACUACCAGGACGCCGGCACCGGCGGCGGCGACGACGACGGCUACGGGCCCGGCCUCGGCGGCGGCGACAACGACGUCGAUGGCGACGGCGCGCCGCUGCUCGGCGAGUACAAGGGCCAGCACGGCGCUGGCGCGGCCGCGGCGGAGGGCGCGGACGGCGGCGGCGGCGCGCACCUCGGGGUGACGUUCCUGGCGUCCAAGUUCGCCAAGAACACCAAGCGCGGCGCGGCGCAGCACCAGAAGAUGAUCACGCAUCAGAGGAUCGACGACGUGUCCACCAUGAAGUUCCCCAAGCUCGCCAAGCCCGACGAGCCGGACUUCUCCCUGCACACCGACGACGUGCUGUGAGUGACGACUAGUACCAUCACCCCACCAUCUCUCUCUCUCUCUCUCUCUCUCUCUCUCUCUCUCUCUCUCUCUCUCGUCGUCCUCCUGUGACUGUCAUUCGGUCACUGACGCUGGUGCAUGCCAUGCUGCCAUACGAGAAGCACGAGCCUGUGAUAGCACGUAGAUGGAGUCGUCCUUGUACUAUACACUAGUGCUGAUUUAGUGGAGUUGACCUUACUUCAGUUCAGAUUUCUUGUGAUCUUGUGAUGUUCCAUAGAGCUGUAUGUACAGCAAGAGCAAGCUCAAGCUGCUGCUGCUGCUGCUGUUCUGGGAUGUCAGCCUCUUGUGAGACAGGGUUAGAACCAGGGACAUUCUUCUUUUGUGCAGCCAAACUUUGACUCAUUCAUAUACAUGCAAAGUCAACAAUGUUAAGUAGGACACAAUUAUUUGAGUCACUUUUCAAAGUGUGCUCGACCUUA